AUGAGAGGGCGCCGUGCCAAUCUCCUCCUCCUGCUCCUCCUCCUCCUCCUCCUCAUACUACUCCUCCUCCUCCUCCUCCUCCUCCUCCUGCUCCUCCUCCUGCUCCUCUUCCUCCUGCUCCUGCUCCUCCUCCUCCCUCCUCCUCCUGCUCCUCCUCCUGCUCCUCUUCCUCCUGCUCCUGCUCCUCCUGCACCUCUUCAUCCUUCCUUCUUCCGUGUAAUGAGCUAUAAAAAACCUCGGAGUGAUUGCAUUAAAAUCAUUUCCUCAUAG